ACGACGAAUAUCAUUUGCCGCUCAUAUUCGAAUUCUGUCUUGUUUGCAAAAUGUUAAAGUGUCCUGUUGGUCUGGAAGUGGAAGCGUAAAGGAGUUAUCAAAUAGGAGACUACACGACCCAGGAUGCAGUGCUGCGGUGUUAGUGUGUGACGCAUCUUCCGCAUGGGUACGUGGCCUAAAAACAGCCAAGAUGGAGCUGGAGGCUAUGACCAGAUAUACAAGCCCAGUCAACCCUGCUGUCUUCCCACAUUUGACAGUAGUUCUUCUUGCAAUUGGGAUGUUCUUUACUGCAUGGUUCUUUGUCUAUGAGGUGACAUCUACUAAAUACACAAGAGAUAUCUACAAAGAAUUGCUGAUUUCCUUAGUGGCAUCUCUCUUCAUGGGAUUUGGAGUACUUUUCCUCCUCUUAUGGGUCGGGAUUUAUGUAUGACAGCAACUGGGAGUGUGUGCGGAAGAAAAGAGGGACCAUUCCAGCAGGAGCUCCCAUUUCCACGGUGACUUCAGCAUAGUCUCAUAUCAUUGGCUUUCACAGAACCAGUUUUUCAAGAACGACUGAGUAGCACCUGGAUUUUGUACAGAAUAUGUUCUUAUAAAAACGAAAGAGAAAAAACUUUUGGUCUUUGUUCCUGUUAUUUUGAACCAUUUCAUGCUGAACUGUAUUAGAUGAGACCUUUUUAAGCUCAGGACAAUCUGCAGUUCAGUUUAUGUGAAAUAAUGCUAUGGCAUACUUUUGAGAGGGGCAAGAGCAUUUUCUGGUGUCCUAACUCUGUUUCAUCCCACAAUCAAAAUCAGAAAACACAUUAUCUGGUCAUUGUCAUGUUACUGUCUGUGCUUCUACAAUUAGUGUAUUGGUUAAUAUGUUUAUUUCUCAGAAGUACAUAAUCCAUCACUUCAUGAGAUUCCCCAAUAUCUCAAACUCUGAUUCAGCUAAGUAAUAGCAACAAAUCUCUGAAUAUCCUGAACAAAGCAAAGGUGAUAGGCCCUGAUUCCUAUUGUCUUGAAAAUUGGUGUUCCAGGACUGGUUACACAUGUAGCCAAGUAUUCCAGUAGGGCAAUCCUACCUGACCGUGGGACAAAUUUCCCAAGUAUAUCCUGAUCACUGAAAGCAUGAAAAAUCCUUUCUGGCUAGUUACAACCCCAUCAGUUUACUGUCAUCCACAUGAUGGGGUGAUUUUGUUGACAUUGCUAACAAAUGAUACAUGACAUUAUCAGUCAGCAGAUUAUUGCUCAGUUUCUUUUAUUCCAGACCUUGAUUAUGCUUUAGUCUAACCAUGGACAUCAAUGGUGAAUGCCAGAGAUGAGUAACUGCCAUUGAUAUUAAGAUAGCUUUGAUUAAGUGUGGCAUCAACUGAGAACAUCAAAGAUAGAAUUGCUUGAGUUAGGGAUUUUGCAUUAUUUCUGUCAGUUUUUAAAUGAACAAAUCUUUUUAAAAUCUUCUCACUUGAAAAACAUGCCCCCUAGUCUUGAAGCCCCCACCAUAGAGAAAAGAAGUUAGCAUUCACCUUAUCUAUAUGCCUCAUGAUCUUAACCUCUAUAAGGUCACUUCUCAACUGCUAAUGAAUCAGUUUUUAAAACAAAAACGUCCUAGCCUAUCUACUCCCUAUCAUUCAAACUUUCUAUUCCUGGCAACAGCCUGGUAAAUCUUUUCUGAACCCUCUCCAGAUUGAUAAUAUCCUUCCUGUAACAGGGGGACCAGGACUGGAUGCAGUACUCUAGAAGAGGCUUCGCCAAUGUUCUGUGCAACCUCAACAUGUCUCCCUAACUUCUAUACUCCAAGGUCUAAGCAAUGAAGGCAAGUGUGCUAAUGCCUUCAUAACCACCCUGUCUGCAUAUGAUGCAAAAGUAAAUGGGCAAAACUAAUGUUCUACCCACCUGAAGUCUAAUCAUUUCAAUAUUUGAAAUGGUUGGGAAGUAUUUGUAUUUUACUGCAGAUUAUAAAUGUUAAUAAAAUCAUACCAUAUGGGA